UCUUUGGUGUUAACAUGUUUUAUGUAGGUUUGUGGAUUGUGGUGGCGUUCUGACGACUUUGGUAGCACUGACUGGAUACCCUUCCACCCCACCCCUCUGAGUUUGUCCCAGCUACAACUAGCCUCCUACACCUCCUGACAUUUUUGCAUGUGCCUCUGCCUUUUCUACCCAUGCCUACUACCAAAUUUUGCAACUGCAUCUCCAUUAUGGACACGUCACCAUGUUCUUUUGUUUUUUUCGUUUUGUUUUUAUGACUGGUCUGUGUUGCUUUGGCAAGUGGUUUGUGUCGUUUCGGCGAUUUUGUAGUCUUGCUAUCUUGUGGUGGUUUUGGUGAGAGUUUCGGUGCUUGGUAUGUCAUGUCUUGCCUAUAGGGCAUAUCAGUCUCGGGAUUCCUCGUUCUAAUGGUGUGAUUUGUGUGAUGGUUGUAUAGGGGUUUAAAAUUAUUUGUAAUUUGUGCUUAUUACCUCCAGAUCAAGAAAUUGAUCAUUGGAGCAUAUGUACCCAUCUGACAUCCUUGUAAGUGGUUGUUGAUAGUAAUGAAAUUCUAUUGUUUCUGUAAAAAAAAAAAAAAAGGGCCUAUCUAAAUGCAUGGGUCCCUCUUGUAUGUGUAUUAUGCGUACAAGUUGCAGAUAUGACAUUGUCACUUUUGGUGUUCAUGUUUUUUUUUUUUUUAUAAGCUCUUCUCCUGAAAACUCUCUUACUUAACUUUUAGACGUAUUCACAUCAGUAUCACACAAUUAUUUCACUCAAAUUAUAAUACAUAAAUUUAUUUAAUAAGACAUAUAAAUACGUAUUAACCGUAUCGUAUAUGCAUUUUAUAACACAUGCAACCAAAUCUAGGGAAGCAAACACAAGCUAAGGUGAUGAAGUCAAAAGGGUUUUUGAAUUCAUAAAGAGAAGCAACAUUUGCAAGCCAAACCGCAAUCCUUUACAAACUCAGCUCUUCUCUCUCUACGUAAGCGCGCGCGCUCUCUCUCUCUCGUAUUUACUGUGUGCUCUUCUCACUGACAUUCUGUUGACUUUUAGUCGUUCCAUCCAAGUUUUUAUCUCUUUUUGCUUGGUGCUUUGAUUCAUAUUGCUACUUCAGUUGUUCUGUUCUCUUUCUUUUCUUUCUUUUGUUGGUGAAGUUUAAACCAUUGAAUUACAUGCGUUUUGGAUAUCUUGAAGUUGAACUCUUUUACGAUUGCGAAUGGUAAAUGGAGUGGCCAUAUUGGAUAUAGCUGAGCAAAUAUUGAAACUUUCAUGUUACUAACGCAACUCCAAUUAAUCCACAUUCGCCAAAUUUGCAAGCACCGGUAUUUACUAGAUGGAAUCAUGGGGAUUGCUAAUUGAAAUCGAGUAAUUCUAGUCACCCGAAAGAGCCGUCAACAUUUUCUGCUGCUGAAACUGUUAACGUUGAGAUUUGAGACGGCUGAUUGACUUGAAGAACAUAAAAACAAAGCAAUCGAAGCAGUAUCCAGCUUCAUAUAAUACAUCUGUAUAGUAUGUUGAAGAAAGAAUGACAUGCUAGUUCUAAUUUGUAUAAUCAAAAGAAAAAUAAGUAAUCGUUUGUUCCGAUACUUGCUGCUUGUUGCUUUCUUGUUAUUGAUCUUCCCUACAAUCUGCUUUGUGGUGGAAGAUUGUCAACAUUUUUAGCCAUGGACGGUUCGAAAGAUGGUCCACUGAAGGAGAUGCCUCUUGGAAUACAUGCAGCAACUGAGGAAGAAUAUGCUUCCCAGUCCAGGUUACUUCAAGAAUUCACUAGUAUGUCCAGCGUUGACAAGGCAUGGGUUUUUAAAUCUGACAGCGGAUUUGGAUCCCAGGCAAUGUUUUCGAUUAGCCAACCAAAUCUAUUGGCAAACAAGAUGAAGAAAUUCAUUCUAUCCUCUCAUGUUUCAAGAGGAAGUAACAAAUCUGUAAGCUUCCAAUGGACUCCGUUUCCUGUCGAGAUGACGGGAGUCUCUGUGAUUGCUCCAUCUCCAUCUGGUGAAAAGCUUCUUGUAGCUCGGAAUCCUGAAAAAGAAUCUCCCUGUCGGUUUGAAAUUUGGAGUCAAGCUCAAGUGGAAAAAGAAUUCCACAUUCCCCCAUCUGUUCAUGGCCCUGUAUAUACUGAUGGAUGGGCAAAUUUUCGAUGUUACUGGUUUCAAGGAAUUUCUUGGAACCAUGAUGAAACUCGCAUCACUUAUGUUGCUGAGGAACCGUCUCCCUCCAAGCCGACAUUCACAAGCCAGGGAUACAAGAAAUGUAGAUCAACGGAUACGGACUUGGGUAACUGGAAAGGUCAAGGGGAUUGGAAGGAGGAAUGGGGGGAAACGUAUGCUGGAGCACAGCAGCCUGAACUUUUUGUCUUCAACAUUAACAGUGGAGAGGCGGAAGCUGUUAAAGGAAUUGACAAGUCAUUGAGUGUUGGCCAAGUUGUGUGGGCGCCGCAAGUUAGAGCCUCGAAUCAGUAUUUGGUUUUUGUUGGGUGGUCAGAGGGUACCAGAAAGCUUGGUAUGAAGUACUGCUAUAACAGGCCGUGUGCUUUGUAUGCGGUUAAGGCACCAAACUUUGAAUCAGAAGCUGAUGGACAUGAACUCAAAGAUUGUUCAACUGAAGAUCCUCCUUUGGUAAACUUAACUCAAAGCAUAAGUAGUGCUUUCGAUCCACUGUUCAGGUACUUUUUUUCCCCUGUCAGAUACUUCGUUUUCUGUGUGUCUACACUUUACAGGGGUCUAUAUCUCAUGUGGAAUACAUUUUCUUCGUGUCACUGGUAUAAUUUCUCUUGGAGUGCUAGACUCGACAGAACUGAAACAAUUUAUUUUGGCACCUUCCACCUAUCUUUCGAUUCAAAAACUGAAAUUGAUACCUUGAUAAACACAAGUUUGAUGGACAUCAGAAUGGACAUCAGAAUGGGGAUAGUUCUGAUAGUUCUGAUCAUAUCUUCCAUCUGGUGUAGCUGUCAAGUGAUACUUUCUUUGAAUGUGUUGAGCGGGGAAGUAUUACGAAUCAGUCCUACUAAUUCUAGUUUUUCAUGGAGCGUUCUUACACUGGACGGAGACAAUAUCAUUGCCGUGUCUAGCAGUCCAGUAGAUGUACCCCAUAUCAAGUACGGUUAUCUUAUUGAUAAAGAAAGUAAAAAUGCUGCAUGGAGUCGGUUAAACGUAGCAAGCCCCACAGAUGAAUGUCCUAAGAAGGUUAAAUCUUUGCUCUCAUCUCUUCGGUUCAGUAUAAUGAAGAUUCCGAUCAGGGAUGUUUCUGAUAGCCCAACAAAAGGUGCCACCAAUCCUAUUGAAGCUAUAUUUGUGUCUUCCAAAACUAAAAGAAAUGAUGCACUUAACCCGUUAAUUGUAUUCCUUCAUGGAGGCCCACAUAUUGUUUCAUUGUCAAGCUUUUCAAAGUCCUUAGCAUUUCUCUCUUCGAUUGGUUUCAGCUUGUUAAUUGUAAAUUACAGGAAAGUUGUAGGUUCACUGGGGGUUGGUGAAGAAGCACUUCAGUCUCUUCCCGGAAAAAUUGGGUCCCAGGACUUGAAGGAUGUACUGGCGGCUGUAGACCAUGUCAUUGACAUGGGGCUUGCCAGUCCGUCAAAAGUUGCAGUUCUUGGUGGUUCUCACGGUGGCUUUCUCACAACCCACUUGAUUGGCCAGGAACCAGAGAAGUUUGUUGUGGCAGCAACAAGGAAUCCUGCUUGCAACCUCGCGCUAAUGGUGGGUACAACAGACAUUCCCGAUUGGUGCUAUGUUGAGGCCUACGGGAGUGAGGGUAAAAACAGCUUCACAGAAGCGCCGUCAGCUGAGCAUCUUACUCUCUUUCACAGAAUGUCUCCUAUUUCACAUGUCUCAAAGGUCAAAACACCCACCCUCUUUCUUUUGGGUGCUCAGGAUAUUCGUCUUCCGAUUUCUAUUGGAUUUCAAUAUUCUCGCGCUCUGAAGGAAAAAGGAGUUCCUGUCAAAGUCAUUGUGUUUCCUCACGAUAAUCAUGCAAUUGACAGGCCACAAUCCGACUUUGAGAUCUUUCUUAACAUUGGUGUCUGGUUUAAGAAAUAUUUAUCGUAAAUGAGCAGGCAUUUCUCCGCUGCUUUUACUGCAGCAAUUUGACCGCCAUUUCACACAAGCUGUUCAGCAACAUAUCACACUUGAUCAUCGAACUGAACCUAUACAUAUUUUCAUUUGCAUCAAUUCCCACUACCACAAGUAA